GUUUUAUCUUCGAAAAAGCAAAAAUGUGUGGAAGAUAUAUUGUAUAUUCAAGACCGGAUCCGUUGCGGCAAUCUCUCGAAAGAUCAAAUUUAAAGUUUACCAAGUGGAUUGAUGAAGAAAAGUAUCGGUCUUCAUACAAUGUUGCUCCUUGUCAUUUUCAACCUGUUGUUCGCGUCGAUUAUGAUUCACGUGAGACAAUUCUUCAUACAAUGAGAUGGGGUUUAAUCCCUUCUUGGACAAAGACAAAACCUGAAUAUUCUAAGCUGAUAAUCAAUUGUCGUGAUGACUCUUUAACAGAUAAUAAAUCCGUAUUUAAUUCUAUGAAGAAUAGAAAACGUUGUAUUGUAAUUGCUGAUGGAUUUUAUGAAUGGCUAAAAAAAGGAAAACAGAGGAUUCCUUAUUUCAUCAAAAGAAAGGAUGGAAAUUUAUUUUUAUUUGCUGGAUUGUAUGAUUCUGUAAAGUUUGAAGAUGAAGAGACCACACUUUAUACUUAUACUAUCAUUACUACGACAUCGUCAUCAACUUCGAUUGAAUUUUUGCAUGAUAGAAUGCCAGUAGUUUUAGAAAAUGGCUCAGAAGAAUUGUCUACAUGGUUAGAUCCUCGAACUCCUUGGAGUCCCGAAUUGGCUAGGCUUUUAACCCCAUUUACAGGUGAACUAGAAUUUUACCCUGUCUCUGAUGAUGUUGGAAAAGUUAGCAAUAAUUCUCCAGAUUUAAUUAUUCCUCUUGAUAUAAAAAGAUCAAAGAAUAGUAUUGCCAACUUUUUCAAAAAGAAACAAGAGACAAAUGAAGAUGAGAACGAUGGGUCAAUUAUUCCGGCAAAACGUUCUUCUCAUACAUCAGAUGAUGAAACGACUAAUAAUAUGGAAGAGUCCUUAUCAAAACCAUCAUCACCUACAAGGGCACUUAAAAAGUCAUUAAGAUCCACACCAAAGAAACAAACAUCUAAGAAAAAGAAAGUAGAUAAUGUUAAAGAAUCUGAAAAAAUUACGAAUUAUUUUCCCAAUCCUCCUUAACUCGCCGUAUAAUGAUAUUUUUAACACAAAAGAAAAUUUAUUACAGUUUAGUGAAGUUAAUAAUUGUAUGUUAUAUUGAAAUUUUUUGUACACAAGGAUCAAAUAAAGUAAAUAAC